AUGGAUCCAUACAGUUUAAAGCGGGAUAAUCGGAAGAAGUUUCAGGACAAGCAGCGGUUGAAGCAUCGCCAUGCCACUCCCAGCGACAGGAAGUACCGGUCCCUCAAGUUUCAAGAGAAUCAAAACGAGAAGAAAGAGGCAGAGGAAAACGGAGAUGAAGGCGAAGAGGAAGUUCAGCCCCCCUCCAAUGAGUAUAGGUAUCAUGAGGACAUAAGUAUGACAUUCGAGCAUCCCGCCGAGCUGGAAAGAGAUCUCAAGGCCAGCAAGAAGAUUCGAGAAAUCUUGCGCUCCAAGAAGGAGCAGGAAGAGCCGCUAGCUGUGUCGAGUUCAACCAAAGAGACAGUAACGACCAAGAGUCUGCAUUCGAUGGCUGUUGACGACCUCAACGGCAUUUUGGGCGGGCAAACCACGUCGUCAAACCGCGGUUUUGACAAGCCAGUGAGACGAAUCAGCCCGACAGCGGACAAGAGUGCCUCCAAGGCCCCUGAAAAGACCAAAAGCGCAGCGUCAACGGUGCCUGAUGAACUGCAGUCGGCACAGGACUUCCUAGACGACCUUAUAUAG